GGAGUCAGUCAAUAACAUGCCUUCUAGAGCAAUUCUAGAAGUGAAUUAAUCCACACAUCGAAGUGAUGAACAGGCGGCUUAGACAAAGGCGUAACUCUUUUCUCUUAAACAGUAGACGUCACGAGAGGACAAAGAGGAAAUGAUGUGCCCUUGAGCUAAAGAAACUUAAAACUUGGCCACACCCGCCACCUGUAGCGCAUCCCGGUUGCUAAACUGCGACACCAUCGUGUAUAGUAGGUUGCCAAGAUUGCUUGGCACCGCAGUUUGCAGUUUGGACCCCGAGUGCCCAAAAGAGGAGGAUCGAAAGUCAUCACUCUACAUAUAUUUCACCUUUCGCCUUUUCUUGCUUAUAUCUGGUUCCCCCAUCAUCGGCAUCUAACUAAAUACAAGCAUUGCUGUGCCUUAAUAUCCUAUCGGAAAGCUUUGACCCCAUUGCUUAAUUGUUUUACGAUCGAUACUAUUGAUACCCAUAACAAACGCGACUACUCAUGAAGACUUCACAUUUUCUCUUAGGCCUAGUCGCCCUUGGCCAAGGCAUCAACGCCGCGGCCAUUCACGACGUUGAAGAUGUCGCAUCAGAUGUGGCGACACCGGAUGUUCCGAUAGAACAACGGGACCCGGAGACGUUUGCGCAGAGCGAGGACCUAUGGAAGCGCAAAGGCGGUGGAGGAACUGGUGGUAGAGGCGGUAGUAGUGGUGGCUCUAGUGGUGGCUCUAGCGGUGGCUCUAGCGGUGGCUCUUCAGGUAGCUCCGGAGGCUCUUCUAGCGGCGGUCGCGGAUCGUCAGGGUCCAGUACUGGCGGUUCGACAACGACUGGAAGCGGUGUCCGACCUAAUUACGGAGGCGGGUCAUACUAUGGCGGUGGCGCGACGCAGCCGUACAAAUCCGGCGGUGCCACCCCCUCAGGUAUCCUCCCUUUCGUCCUCGGCGGCGCCGCGAUCGGGGCCCUCGGCUUCGUAGGCUUGAGCUUGGCCUACAACGCCUACAACGCAUACGCGUAUCCCUACACAAACCGUUACUAUUACCACAACGCCACGACCAACCAGAACGAGACCAAGCCCGUCGUAUGCAUAUGCGACUACUACGGAGAAUGCGGCUGCGACGACAAUGGCAACCAGACAUAUUUCAACUCGGUCAUCGGAGACGGCAGCUACGAAAACCUGAACAAGUCGCUUGUUACGGUAGCUGAGAACGAAACUACGCACGAGAAAACCAUCUACAUCCUCGGCACUUUACCCAAUGGCACAACGUCGGCCGGUGGUACCGACGAUCCAAACGCGGGCGCUGGCUUGCAAACACUAGCUCGCGCCGUAGGCUGGUGGCCAGUUGUGACGACGGCAAUCGCCAUCGUAUGCCUUUCGUAAUGACCAAGGUUUCACUUUUAAUUUAUAGCCUACGCUUCUUUUGUAUAUAUGACUUCGUACGUUCUUUCACGCAUGACACCCACGAGAUAAGAUUUGCGGCAGCGCCUCGAAAUCGGCGGUUGAUAUCCCUAUAGGCGUUCCGGUUUUGUCUAGAAAGAGAGGGUCGGGUUUGGGGGUAAAGUUUAUGACCAUACGGUUACUGCAUGUUGUAUACCAGCAGAAAGUAGCCUCCUGGAUCUGCCAGCUAUGAUAGCCGCAGACGUAGAGUUAGAGGUUUCUCCUAGACAAAUAACAAUAUCAUUUUAGUUA